GUGUUCCAGAACAUGUUUCUGUGCGUUACGCUGGCCAUCAUAGCGGGCUGUGUCGCUGAGAGAGGCCGUCUGCUGCCUCAUAUGGUGUUCCUGUUCCUCUGGGCAACGCUGUGCUACUGUCCUGUCGUUGCGUGGAUCUGGAGACCCGCUGGCUGGGCUGCCCGCUGGGGAGUGCUGGACUAUGCCGGCGGCUUGAUUGAGAUCCUCUCUGGUUUCACAGGGUUCACGUACUCGUGGUUCCUGGGGAGACGGAAGGAGAAGCUGUUGAUCAAUUUCAGGCCUCAUAACGUGUCCCUGGUGACGUUGGGAACGACGAUUCUUUGGUUUGGCUGGCUGGGCUUCAACGGCGGUACUGCGCUUUAUCCUUCUCUAAGAGCCAUGUACGCCAUUAUGAAUACAAACCUGUGUGCGUGUUUUGCAGCAAUGACAUGGUGUUUGCUGGACUACAGGCUGGAACGCAAAUGGUCCACCGUUGGUAUGUGUUCUGGUAUCAUUUCAGGCUUAGUUGCUGCUACGCCGUCCUCAGGAGAUAUUCCAACCUAUGGCUCAGUGGUUUUGGGAAUUGUCACCGGUGUCGUGUGUAACUUCUCCACUGGUAUCAAGUACCUGGUGGGAGUCGAUGAUGCCCUCGAUAUCCUGGCUGAGCACGGAAUGGCUGGUGUCCUGGGGCUGAUGGCCAACGCACUGUUUGGAGCAGACUGGGUCAUUGGGAUGGAUGGUGUCACUGAGCACGACGGUGGCUGGAUAUCACACAACUACAAACAAAUCUAUAAACAGAUUGCAUGGAUAGGUGUUUGCAUCGGCUGGUCCGUCACUGUAACUGCAAUUUUGUGCUUCGUCAUUGAUAAAGUGCCAGGCUUACACCUAAGGGCAAGUGAAGAAGCUGAAGCUGUGGGUAUGGAUGAGGACCAAAUCGGUGAAUUCGCCUACGACUACGUUGAAGUCAGAAGAGACUUCUUAGCUUGGGGUGGUGUUCAGAACUCUGACGGUACUAUGGGUAUACCAACAGGCUCUCAAUUGCCUCACGAAUUGGACCACAUCGAUCAAGCACACCAGCCUUCAAGCUCAACAAGCACAACAAAUAACGAAGUGUCCAGUCAAGCGGAAAAGACUGAAAUCUCCCAAGGUGAAGAGAAGAGACAGUCGUAAUAUUCAUCCACGCCGUACUUGUAACCUUCUCUACAUAAUACAUACCCAUUA